ACUUUUACUAUUACUUACUUAAAACAAACGCACCAAGAUGAGGAUUGAAAUAUUUGUUGUAAGUUUGUUGGUCAUAUACGUAAAUUCUUGUGGCCAAACGGCAACCAAAGUUGGUGGACCACAAGCACCCAAGCAAGUUUGUGCCGGACAAUUGAUUUUUGAAGAUAACUUCGACUCUUUGAAUCUCAACAAAUGGCAACAUGAAGUUACUUUAGGCGGAGGUGGUAAUUGGGAGUUCCAAUAUUACCAGAAGGACCCAAAAAACUCAUACACACAAAAUGGUAUUUUACACAUUAAACCAACCCUUUUGUCCGACGAGAAAGGGGAGGUGUUUCUAACCUCUGGAAAAAUAGACAUACCUAAAGACCAAUGCACAAACUCCGAUAAUUGGGGUUGCAGCAGACAAGGAACUCCUGAAAACGUUCUUAAUCCAAUCAAAAGUGCUCGUCUUCACACGGUUAACUCUUUUACUUUCACUUAUGGCAAAGUUGAAGUUAGGGCUAAAAUACCAGCCGGUGAUUGGUUGUGGCCAGCUAUUUGGAUGAUGCCAAAAGACUUUAAAUACUCAUCUUGGCCUGCCUCCGGUGAAAUAGACAUAAUGGAGAGUCGUGGUAAUAGAGAUCUAAAGGAAAAUGGUCGUAACAUUGGCACACAAUUAAUGGGCAGUACUCUUCAUUUUGGUCCAAACCCUGCAAAUAAUGCAUUCAUGCAUACUCACUGGGAAAAAUCUUUGCCGCAAGGUUUCGAUCGUGAUUUCCACAACUACCAAGUGAACUGGAAUCCCAAUGGAAUCACCUUCUCUGUUGAUAAUCAAGUUAUCGGUGAAGUUAAGCCAACAAAUGAAGGUUUUUGGAAGGUGGGAGACCUUGCUAAAAGUAACUUACCAAAUCCUUGGAAGGGAAGCUCAAAGAUGGCCCCCUUCGAUCAACAGUUUUAUUUGAUUUUGAAUUUGGCUGUGGGUGGUACCAAUUUUUUCCCAGAUAAUGCCUCAAACCCAGGAGGUAAGGCAUGGUCCAAUACAUCACCUCAUUCGGCUACUGAUUUUUGGCGAGGCAAGAACCAAUGGUUACCAACCUGGAAAAAUGAUGGAUCCUCUCAUUUACAAGUGGAUUAUGUUAAAGUUUGGGCUAUUUAAAUCAUCACGAUUAAAAUAUUUUGUUAAACCUUUGAAUUUUCAGAAAAUAUUUUUAA